AUGGAGGUGUUCGACGACUUUGCCGUCGAGCUUGGAUUGAAGCCGCUGGAGAAGCGGCGACUGGAGAAGGCCAUGAACUCAGCCAUUGAGAGACACGGCGGCGGCGGCGGUGGCGGCGGUGGCGGCGGCGCCCCAGACCCCGCUGCCCAGGCCAGGGCACAGCUGGCGGCUGCCAAGAGCGCCCCACAGCUGCGGCAGGCCAUAUCGGCAUCGAGGGCUGCUGGCCUGAGCCGGGCCGAGCUGGCGCAGGCUGAGGCAGCCUUGGCGCGCGCUGAGGCCACUGAGGAGCCUUUGGGUGAGAAACACGUGGCAUGGACCGAUUUGCCGCCACAGCGGCUGCGAGAGAGAAUCCAUCAGGCCUGCGAGAUGGCUGUGAGGAUCGAUACAGCAAGCAUCGACUGGCACAUUUACGCCUUUGAGCCAAGCGAAGCGGCGCAAGGCAAGCAUUGUGAGCCAACAAGCAGCGACGCGCUAGCCGCCAUCAGAUAUCCGCUUUGCGACGUCACGCGGCCCAACUUGGCCGUUGAUGUUUGCAACUCGGUUCGUGGAUACCACGGCGUUUGUCAGGAGUUGGCAAGAGCACAGCGGUGCCCACAGAACGGCACUCUGAACCUGAUCCUGGAGCAUGCAGGAUACAAUGUGAAGCUUUUUGGAAAGAUGGACACUGGGGGCGGUGCUGCCAUGAAUCCGCCGGGCACCAAAGGCGUUGGAAUGCAUACUGAAGCUGACUGGCCUCGGCCGCCAGCGUAUCCUUCAUCAGUCUGGGGUGGCUACAAGCCCGGCAACAUGCUGCACAGCUGGGCGGCCAGCUCUAUGGUGACGAAGCCAGAGAAGAUCCCAUACGAUGAUCCGAGCAGCAGCUGGGUGAAGACUUCAUCCUCCGAAGGGUCCCCCCACGAAGACGAUUGGCAGACGGUGGAAAGCUGCGUCCAGUUCCUCGCUUCCUGGAAGCCUGGCGAUGCCCCCUUUUUCUUGUAUUGUUCUGUUCUCAACCCUCAUCCGCCGUUCUGGUCCAACGCAACUUACCAGUCGAGUUUGAACACCACUGCACUGCGAGCACUGCUGGCGCGGCCGGUGGGCGCCAGGCACCCGGCAGACCAACUGCAGCAGCAAAGGGAAGGAGUCCCUGCGUGGAACGCGACGCUGGCAUGGGAGCUCUCCACGGCGUACUAUGGACAGGUCCAGGAGACGGAUCUCAUGGUCGGCCGCAUCCUAAAAGCGUUAGGCAAGCUCCGCGACGACUCGACACUGACAAUCUUCACGUCUGAUCAUGGAGAGCUAAAACUAGAGCACGGCCACGUCGAGAAGAUGAGCCAUUUUGAGGGCUCCGCGCGUGUGCCGCUCAUGGUCAUGGGCCCGUCUCUGAGCCCUCGACUGACCAGGGCCCCAGUGUCGCUCAUCGACCUUUUUCCCACUUUCCUGGACUUUGCUGGAGUGGAGCGGCCGGCGUUUCUGGAGGGCAACAGCUUCCGAGCGCUGCUGCAAGGUGGCCCAGCAGCGUCGGACAUAGUGCUGUCGGAGUUCAUGGGCGAGUCAGCCUUCCCGACGAAUUGGAUGCUCCGUCGCGGCGCGUGGAAGCUCAUCAGCUACGGCCCGGCCUUUCCGCCGCUGCUCUUCGACUUGGAGGCGGAUCCGGCGGAGGCGCAGGACCUCUCCCGGCUCCGACCAGAUCUGGUGACGGAGCUGAACGCGCUGCUGAACUCGCGGGUGAACGUCGCUGCUGCUCUGCGUGAGCUGGAGCAGGAGAACAAGGCGCAUGUGAGGCGCUGGAUGGACUCGUACGGAAGUGAAGAUGCCUGGCAGCAGCAGUUCCUUCACUUUUACGCAGGUGCCACGGCAGCGGAUGCGCUCAAGCUUAAAGAAUGGCUCGGCGACAGCCGAGGCCCUGCCGUGGACCGCCUGUCUGCUGCGCUUGACGCAGCCGCGGCGGCCGGCCUGCCUGAUGAGGACCCUGCAGUGGCGGAGGCAUGGUAUCUGCGAGAGGACGACCUGAUGGCCGACGCCGAAGUUCCAGAGGUUGAGGGGCUGCGAGCAGUCUUCGAAGAAGCCCGCCUCCCGCAGCGAGCGGAAGAGGCGGUUGCAUGGUGCCGUGGCCAGAGGUUUCAGCAGAGCUCGGAGGUUGUUGCAGCAGCUCAGGCGCUCGGAGAUCACCUGAAUCUCCGACCUUUGGAGAGAAAGCGAUUAGACAAGGCUUUGGGCGCCUGGGCUGAAGAGGCACAAAGUGAGAACGUGGACCAGAGGCAAGUAGCAUUCUUGGAGCGAGUAAGUGGAAGACAGGAAGAGCAGCGUAAGGAGGAUGCGUGUGCACAAGAGGCUGAACAGCUAGAGGAGGAGCGGAAGCGGCAAGAGGAGGAGGUCGAGAGGAUAAGACAAGAAGAGGAAGCAGAAAGAAAGCGGCACGAGGAGGAGGCCGAGAGAAUAAGACAAGAAGAGGAGGCAGAAAGAAAGCGGCAAGAGGAGGAGGCUGAGAGGAUAAGACAAGAGGAGGAGGCAGAAAGAAAAAAGCACGAGGAGGAGGCCGAGAGGAUACGGCAAGAAGAGGAGGCAGAAAGAAAGCGGCAAGAGGAGGAGGCCGAGAGGAUAAGACAGGAAGAGGAGGCAGAAAGAAAGCGGCACGAGGAGGAGGCCGAGAGGAUACGGCAAGAAGAGGAGGCAGAAAGAAAGCGGCAAGAGGAGGAGGCCGAGAGGAUAAGACAAGAGGAGGAGGCAGAAAGAAAAAAGCACGAGGAGGAGGCCGAGAGGAUAAGACAAGAAGAGGAGGCUGAAAGGAUAAAGCAAGAAGAGGAGGCAGAAAGACAACGACACGAGGAGGAGGCCGAAAGGAUAAGGCAAGAAGAGGAGGCAGAGAGAAAGCGGCACGAGGAGGAGGCCGAAAGGAUAAGACAAGAAGAGGAGGCAGAAAGAAAGCGGCAAGAGGAGGAGGACGAGAGGAUAAGACAAGAAGAGGAGGCAGAAAGAAAGCGGCAGGAGGAGGAGGCCGAAAGGAUAAGACAAGAAGAGGAGGCAGAAAGAAAGCGGCAGGAGGCGGAGGCCGAGAGGAUAAGACAAGAAGAGGAGGCAGAAAGGAAGCGGCAAGCGGAGGAGGCCGAGAGGAUACGGCAAGAAGAGGAGGCAGAAAGGAAGCGGCACGAGGAGGAGGCCGAGAGGAUACGGCAAGAAGAGGAGGCAGAAAGAAAGCGGCAAGAGCAGGAGGAGGCUGAAAGAAGGAGGCAGCACAACGUGUUGGAAGCAGCAGCUGCGCAAAACGACGUGGUUUCGCUGGAAGCUGCGAUAGCAGCGAGCACACUAGCAACGCCAGAGGUUUUGCAGCAGGCCAAGGACACCCUUUCCAGGCUCCAAGCAUUCAAUGCCCUGGAGGCGUUGUUGAAGCAGCCGCAGGUAGAGGUCCCUGCUUUGGAGGCUGCUCUCGCGACCGCAGAAGCGGUGAGGGUGGAGGACUUGGCCGCUGCGCGGCAGAAGCUGAAGGAGCUGCAAGACCAGGCAGCAGCGGAGAAAGCAUUGCAGAAGGCGCUGAAAGGCAAAGACACGGAGGCGCUCUCAUCUGCUAUUGCCGCGGCCCGCAGCGCCGCAGCUUGUGAGGAUCUGGUGAAACAAGCAGAGCAGCGUUUGCAUGAACUGGAAGCAGAGAAGGAGAGGAAGGCUGCCCAAGAGGAGCUUGCGAAAGCCGUCAAAGCAGCAAACGUCGGCGAGUUGGAGGCGGCCUUGUCAAAAGCCGAGAAGUGCGAUCUGCCGGACAAGGAACUGAAGAAGCCUCGGCAAGUCCUGGCUGAGCUGAAGAGCCGAGAAGAAGCAAGCGCUGCUUUGGAGAAAGCAGCGGCUGGAAAGGACAUGGAGGCGCUCAAAGCGGCCAUUGCGAAAGCCAAAGCGAGCAAGGUGCAGGAGUCAGCCACUGCUGAAGCAGAGAAGAAGCUGCAGGAGCUUCGGCGAAUCGCAGAUCGUGAAACGACGACCGCUGCGCUGCAUGCGGCGUCGGAGGCAGCAGAUCUGAAGGCAUUGCAGGCAGCCAUCGAGAAGGCGGAGGCUUGCAGCGUGCCUGAGAAGGAACUGAAGAAGCCUCGGCAAGUCCUGGCUGAGCUGAAGAGCCGAGAAGAAGCAAGCGCUGCUUUGGAGAAAGCAGCGGCUGGAAAGGACAUGGAGGCGCUCAAAGCGGCCAUUGCGAAAGCCAAAGCGAGCAAGGUGCAGGAGUCAGCCACUGCUGAAGCAGAGAAGAAGCUGCAGGAGCUUCGGCGAAUCGCAGAUCGUGAAACUGCGACCGCUGCGCUGCAUGCGGCGUCGGAGGGAGCAGAUCUGAAGGCAUUGCAGGCAGCCAUCGAGAAUGCGGAGGCUUGCAGCGUGCCUGAGAAGGAACUGAAGAAGCCUCGGCAAGUCCUGGCUGAGCUGAAGAGUCGAGAAGAAGCAAGCGCUGCUUUGGAAAAAGCAGCGGCUGGAAAGGACAUGGAGGCGCUCAAAGCGGCCAUUGCGAAAGCCAAAGCGAGCAAGGUGCAGGAGUCAGCCACUGCUGAAGCAGAGAAGAAGCUGCAGGAGCUUCGGCGAAUCGCAGAUCGUGAAGCUGCGACCGCUGCGCUGCAUGCGGCGUCGGAGGGAGCAGAUCUGAAGGCAUUGCAGGCAGCCAUCGAGAAGGCGGAGGCUUGCUGCGUGCCUGAGAAGGAACUUAAGAAGCCUCGGCAAGCCCUGGCUGAGCUGAAGAGCCGAGAAGAAGCAAGCGCUGCUUUGGAAAAAGCAGCGGCUGGAAAGGACAUGGAGGCGCUCAAAGCGGCCAUUGCGAAAGCCAAAGCGAGCAAGGUGCAGGAGUCAGCCACUGCUGAAGCAGAGAAGAAGCUGCAGGAGCUUCGGCGAAUCGCAGAUCGUGAAGCUGCGACCGCUGCGCUGCAUGCGGCGUCGGAGGGAGCUUGCAGUGUGGCUGACAAGGAACUGAAGAAGCCUCGGCAAGUUCUGGCCGAGCUGAAGAGCCGAGAAGAAGCAAGUGCUGCUUUGGCAAAAGCAGCGGCUGGAAAGGACAUGGAGGCGCUCAAAGCGGCCAUUGCAAAAGCCAAAGGGACAGAUGUGAAGGCCUUGCAGGCAGCCAUAGAGAAGGCUGAGGCUUGCAGCGUGGCUGACAAGGAACUGAAGAAGCCUCGGCAAGUUCUGGCCGAGCUGAAGAGCCGAGAAGAAGCAAGUGCUGCUUUGGCAAAAGCAGCGGCUGGAAAGGACAUGGAGGCCCUCAAAGCGGCCAUCGCAACAGCCAAGGCCAGCAAGGUGCAGGAGUCAGCCACUGCUGAAGCAGAGAAGAAGCUGCAGGAGCUUCAGCGAAUCGCAGAUCGUGAAGCGGCGACAGCUGCGCUGCAUGCGGCGUCGGAGGCAGCAGAUGUGAAGGCGUUGCAGGCAGCCAUUGAGAAGGCUGAGGCUUGCAGCGUGCCUGAAGAGGCACUGGAGGAGCCACGACGAGUGUUGGCCGAAGUGACAGCUCGAGAGGAAGCAAUUUCCACAUUAGCAGAAGCAGCAGCUGGCAAAGAUGUGGAGGCCCUCAAAGCGGCCAUCGCAACAGCCAAGGCCAGCAAGGUGCAGGAGUCAGCCACUGCUGAAGCGGAGAAGAAGCUGCAGGAGCUUCAGCAAAUCGCAGAUCGCGAAGCGGCGACAGCUGCGCUGCAUGCGGCGUCGGAGGCAGCAGAUGUGAAGGCGUUGCAGGCAGCCAUUGAGAAGGCGGAGGCUUGCAGCGUGGCUGAAGAGGAGCUUGGAAAGAGCCGCAAUGCUUUGCGCGAGCUCAGCAAGAAGGAGUCUGAAGCCAGGCAAGGCGGCGAGGCCUAUGCAGCUUUGGAGGCCGCGCAGGCCUCAGGGGAUGCCACGGCCCUCGCGGCCGCCAUCCCGGCGGCUGAAGCUGCCGGCGUGGACCAAGACGCGCUGGCCACGGCCAAGAAGGCUCUCUUCCGGCUGCAGAAGGAGAAGCGGGAGAAGGGCAAGAUGGAGCGUGCCCGCACCACUGCCACGGAAGAGCUGGCGGCCGCCAUGGCGAGUGAUAACGCCGAGGAGCUGCGCAAGGCGGUGCAGAAGGCGGAGGAGGCCGGGCUGCCGCUGCAGGAGGCGCACGCACGCUUGGAGGUUCUGGAAGAGAAGGAGAAGGCGGACUGCAUCGGUCUUGCCUUCGAGGAUCUCGAGUAUGCGAUCUCGCAGGACGACGUGGAGGCUGCGACGCUGGCGCUUGAAGAUGCCGCUGGUAUGGGAGCUGAUGAGGAGGAGUUGCGGAAGGCGGACGAGAAGAUCGCCGACUUGCGCAUGAAGCUGGACCCAGAGGCCUGCGCGGUCGGCCGUAAAGACUAG